AUGAUCAACCCCAUCUCGCCUGGCGACCUGGAAGAAGCUCGACUCUAUUGGACAAAGCAUGUUCAAGGACAACUAUUCUGGCUGGAAAUUCAGUCCCUGAAAAAGGGCGAGCAACUCGGCAAGAGCCAUCCACUGGCCAGAUUAACGCCCUGGGUCGACCCUGCUGGAGUUCUUCGCGUCGGCGGACGUCUUCAAAACUUCAAUCUCAAUGCUGAAGCACGACAUCCGAUCAUUCUAUCACGACGCCAUCACUUCACUGAUCUGAUCAUUCUGGACGCACUCCGCAGAACCCUACACGGCGGCACCCAGCUCACCCUGGCUUACACUCGCAAUCACUAUUGGGUACUUGGCGGUCGAGCGCCAGUCCGGUCCCAUAUACGCCGCUGUGUACGUUGUGCCCGCUUCCUACAAGAGCGUGCCCAGCAACUCAUGGCACCGCUUCCAAUUCCCAGAGUCACGCAAUCACGGGCAUUCGACCACACCGGUGUUGACUACGCCGGAUCGUUCAACAUCAAAACAUGGAAGGGAAGAAACACCAAGACCUACAAAGGCUAUUUUGCAUUGUUCGUCUGCCUUUCUACAUCAGCUGUACGAGUACACUUGGAGCUGGUCAGCGACUACACAUCCGACGCAUUCAUCGCUGCCUACAAACGGUUCACCGCACGUCGAGUAAUCUGCGCGACCUUCAACAGCGACUGCGGUACUAAUUUCAAAGGUGCAGAUAAGGAAAUCCGUCGACUGUUCACCGCCGCCACCAAGGAAUCAAUGGAGAUUGGCAACCUCCUUGGAUCUCUUGGUACCCAGUGGAAAUUCAACACACCCUCUGCUGCCCACUUUGGCGGAAAAUGGGAAUCCGGGGUUAAAUCUGUCAUGCAUCACCUCCGGCGCAGCGUUGGCGAACGAACCUUCGAAGAGAUGACCACCUUCCUUACACAAGUCGAAGCGACGCUGAACUCUCGUCCACUCUGUCCACUGACCGAGGAUCCUGAAGACCUCGAGGCACUCACACCCGGACACUUUCUUAUAGGCAAGGCCCCCAACGUGUUGCCAGAACCCUCGCUGGACCAUCUACAACCGGACCGACUGUCUCGUUGGCAACUUGUUCGCCAAGCCCUCGACGGCUUCUGGAAGCAUUGGUCAACAGCGUGCCUCCAACGCUACCUGUCCAGAUCUAACCUCAAUCGAACACGCUACGCUCGUUCGAUACCUGCACCACUGCCUCAGGUCGACCACGCUAUGCUCAUUCGAUACUUGCACCAUCUCUCGGACCGAACACGCCUAGCUCAUUUCGGUAUCUGUCAUCUUAGUCCCUGA